UGCCCUUUACCCCAGCCCUAUAAGCUUAUUAAUCAGGUCAAGUACUUACAUACAUGUAGUAUUCCGUACAGAGUGGGGAAAGGGUACAAUACAAGCAUUGCAUACAUCUAUACGGCAGCUUCGAUCCAUGCCGUCCGUAUCCGCUAUCCGCUAUCCGCUAAUGAGAGCUUAAAGACUUAGCUGCAACUUUAGGAUUUGCGAGCUCGGAGACGGGCGUGAAUUUCGGAGGGUCCAAUCCUACACAUUUCUUUACUUAGAUGGUAGAUUUUGUAUCCGCGAAUUGACGUCGGAGACCAGAACCUUAUAUAUUCUGGCUGCGCCCAAUUUGAUCGCCCGUCGACCCAUCUUCUUUUGGUAGUUGGUAGACUAGAGCAAGCGUUACUUGGAGGGGCGACCGAGUCCCAAAGAACAAACUGCCCGGUGGUUGAGCGGACUGCUUGGAACGAACGCCAUGGCGACUACUGCUGGGGCUUUCAUAGCAGGCGGCAUCGCCGCUUGUGGCGCCGUCACGGCCACACAUCCCUUCGAGACGGUUAAGAUUCGAAUGCAGCUCCAAGGCGAGCUCCAGACCAAGGGCCACCAGCCGCACCACUACCGCGGGCCCUUCCACGGCGUCAGCGUUAUCGUGCGGAACGAGGGCAUACGCGGCCUAUACCGCGGCAUCGGGUGCGCUUACGUCUACCAAGUUCUCCUCAACGGGUGUCGGUUGGGGUUCUACGAUCCCAUGCGGAACCGGUUAGCUUCGCUACUGCUGCGCGACGGCGCGGCGCAGAACCUGGGGGUCAAUAUGUUCUGCGGCGCCAGCUCGGGCAUGAUCGGUGCGGCCGCCGGCAGUCCUUUUUUCCUCGUUAAGACGCGGCUCCAGAGCUACUCGCCCUUCUUGCCUGUCGGCACCCAGCACAACUACCGUAACGCCAUUGACGGUCUCAGCCAGAUAUACCGCGCCGAGGGCUUCGGCGGCUUGUACCGCGGUGUCGGCGCUGCCAUGAUCCGCACGGGUUUCGGUAGCUCCGUCCAGCUGCCUACGUACUUCUUCGCCAAGAGGCGGCUCGUUAGGCAUUUAGGUAUGGAGGAGGGCGCGCCGCUGCACUUGGCUAGCAGUACGGUAUCUGGGUUUGUUGUGUGCUGCUUUAUGCACCCGCCUGAUACGAUUAUGUCGCGGUUAUACAACCAGAACGGCAACCUGUACAAGGGCGUAUUUGAUUGCCUAGGCAAGACGAUCCGCACCGAGGGCAUCCUAGCUAUAUAUAAAGGUUUCCUGCCACACUUGGCGCGCAUCUUACCUCAUACUAUAUUAACGCUGUCACUGGCCGAGCAGACGAACAAGCUAAUGCGCAAACUCGAGAUCAAGAUGUUGCCUGCUCCGACGCUAGGAAAGGCCUGAAUAGGUCUAUAGGAGGCAUAGGUGCUGGACGACGUGACGUGACCGGGAACGGGAACGGCAAGGGGGACGGAAGGCUAGCUUGAACAAACAAACAAACAAACAUGGUGUCGGUUAGGGAAGACAUUAUCUCAAUAGAGGGAGGAUAUCCGGUAUAUGGUAUACAUUCACGGUAUUCGGGUGCCACCACGUUCAUCAUAGAGAUGGGGUAGGCGGGUUAAUUAUACUUCUGGCCUAUAUUUGAGCGCCAUUUUCUCUCCGACUACGACUAGGGUCGGUAAGUUAGAUAUGGGACGGCGCCGUAGCUGGGACAGCUAUGUCCGCUAGAUUUACUAGUGGUAUUCUUCUACGAGUAGAAAUAAACAUUUUGUUAUUCACAG